AUGCCUAGACGAAAGAGGAUAGACGAUGAAGACACUGAUAUAGAAUCAGAAGUCGAUACAAUUCGACCCAAAAUUAAUGCACCUGCCAAGAAGAGUGUAUCAUCAGCUGGUUUAGAGACGCAAUCAGACCGGCCAGAAACCUUUAACAAUCAUGCACUCGUCCUUGAAGAUCCAAUCACAAGUCAUCCAACCUCAAAUGUUACUGAUCAUGAUGAUAUAAGGGCGGAGGACGGGAUAGCUAGUGUUUGUAAAUCUUCUAAUACGUACAUCGAGGUUAAUGGAGAAAACUUCAUUCCAGAUAUCUUGAAAGAUAUACAUCGGAUAGUAACGGGAUAUUGGAGAGGGCCGUAUCUAAAUUGGAAUCAAGUGCCGGAAGACAUUAAAAACACAUGGUGGGAACAUUUUACGGAGAUGUUUGAGUGGGAUCUAGUUUCAGAGGGGGAUGUAAACAAACUUUUUAAGAAGAAGGCGGGUACGAAGAUAAGGAAUUUCAUAACUAGGGCAAAAGCAGCAAUGAAGAAGCCACCACAUGUCACAUUGGAAGACUGGGCGCAAAUGAAAAUUAACUUUGAAGAACCUAAAUAUUCAGAGAAGUGCACUAAAGCUAAAGUACAUAGACACGAUUACACGUCAAAUGGUGGGGCGACUACUGCGGUGGUUCCAUAACGACGGAAGAACAUCAAAGAAGAUUAGUAAGUAAUUUAGUUAAUUUUUUAGUAUUCAAUUCAUAUUUAUGUUCUAAAUGAAAUUAUUAUAUAUUUCUUGAAAGACACGGGAACUGGGAAGACUCCCAACCAUUCUUGAAACAUUUGAAAAAACGUUUAUAAAAAAGAUGGUACUUG